UUUGGUUUUUCGAGACAGGGUUUCUCUGAGUAGCUUUGCGCCUUUCCUGGGACUCACUUGGUAGCCCAGGCUGGCCUCGAACUCACAGAGAUCCGCCUGGCUCUGCCUCCCGAGUGCUGGGAGGAAUGUAGACCCUUGAUCUGGAUUGGUUUACGGUAAUCUGGGCUGAGAUUUUAGGCUAAUGGAUGCUUUUUAACCCCCCAGCUCCUAGCAGGACCAAGGGGGGCCUGGCUGUAGGUCUACACAACGAAUUGUAGGAUAGAUCUACACACCCAUCCUUCAGCCCCUCCCCGCUCUAGGGGUGGAGCCAGUUCCACGGACAUGCCCCUCUCCCUCAUCAGGGCUCUCUGGCCCCUGACUCCAGCAGUUCCUCUUGUGACAGCUGUCCCCUCCACUCCAGGUUUCUGCGCCAUAAUCUCCGCCCUCUCCUCAGGGCCCCGCCCCCUGCUUUGUAGGCCCCGCCCCCUUCCCAUGUGAAGGGCGGGCGGUGGCGGGAGGGGACCAAGAGCAAGAUGGCGGUGAACCAGAACCAUUCGGAGGACCGCCGUGAGGCCCUCAUCCCUCAUGGCGAAAGUGUCUUGAAGAAGUCUCCAGAUGUGGACUUCUCCUUCCCUCAGUCACCGCCAGGCUCCAACUUCUUCAGUGGUACAAAAAGGGGGGUGCUCUUUCUCACCUCAUACCGGGUGAUUUUUGUGACCUCACGUUCACUCAACGACCCCAUGUUGUCUUUCAUGAUGCCAUUUCAUCUAAUGAGUAACUGCACUGUUGAACAGCCAGUCCUUGGAGCAAACUACAUUAAAGGGAUGAUCCAGGCAGCUCCAGAUGGUGGCUGGGAAGGAUCGGCUACUUUUAAAAUGAUCUUCAGGAAAGGAGGUGCCGUUGACUUUGCCCAGCUGAUGGCCAAAGCUGCCUAUGCUGCUGCCCAAGGAUUUCCACUCAUAGUUCCAAGUUUCUGGAUGCACCCUCUAGGAAUUUUUGUCAUAGCUGGGCAGAGGAGCAUGUGUGCCCCACAGGCAUUCCUCCUUGCCUCUGCCUCGCCUGGUGCUGGGGUUGGUAACAGUUUUUUUUCCUUUUUGCCAUUCCCAGUUGCCUAUGGAGUCCCCCCUUCGGGAUACGGAGCCCCACCUCCCAGUUAUAAUGUCCUGCCUCCUGGAUACGGAGCUAGGGGAUAUGGAUCCCCUCCUCCUGUAUAUGGAGCUACCCCUAUGGGCUAUGGAGUCCUGCCUCCUGGAUAUGAAGCCCCCACUAUGGAGUACGGAGUCCCACCUCCCAGAUACGAAGUCCCACCUCCCAGAUACGAGGUCCCACCUCCCAGAUACGAAACUGCAACUGUGGGAUCUGGAUCUCCACCUCCUAGAUAUGAAGCCCCACCUAUGGGUCAUGAGACUCCUCCUUCAGGACAUAGGUUCAUACCUCCUAUAUCCAGUGCCUCACCUGCAGCACACCAAGCUCCACCUGCUGGGUCUGAAGCAGGGCAUCCCACUUCUGUGGCAGCCCAGACUCCUGGAUUCCAGGCAUCUUUUCCCUCUACCUCAUCUUCACAAGCACAUUCUCCCUCUUCUAAGAUGUAAACCUUGAAGUUCACCAAGCAAAACUGCACCUUAGCAUCGAUGUCAAGAAAGAACAUUUAGGUGUAUGAUCCCAGACCCAUCCUAGGUAGUUGAUCCCCCACCUUGGAAGUUCAGUCAUAGGGCAGACCUAAGCUUGAUCUCCAUGUCGAGAUUUUAGAAGCAGUGUCAACUCUUGAUUAGCUGGAUAAAGGAGGAAUAGCUCCAGAGGGCUAAUUCCCUAAUGACUUGGUUGGCAUUGGAUGCAUUUUAAAACAUACCUUGAUGUGAGCUUGCAAAAAAGCCUCCUGCCUUUCUCCUCAUCUGCAUUAGAAAAUCUUUAUAAUGCUCUAUUUGCUAGAUACUAAGAUCUGCUAAAAUGUCAUGUUGAGAGCUGAACCUGGUUGUGCAGGCCUCUAACACCAGCUGCCAUAGAGGAUGACACAAAGGAUGGCAAGUUCAGGACUUGCCUGGACUGCAGAGUCAAUGCCAGCCUGGGCACCCUAGUGAGAGCUUGUCUCAAAGACUAUAAAAAGGGCUAGGGAUAGAGCUCAGUUGUAGUGUGCUUACCUAGUAUGCUGAUGGUCCUAGGUUUAAUCCCCAGUACCAAAAUUAAUUGAUUAAUUGAAAUUGCAGGUGCCAGGCAUGGAUGCACAUGCCUGUAAUCCCAGCACUUGAGAGGAAGAGGCAGGAGGUUCAGAAGUUCAAGAUCAUCUCUGGCUAUGUAGGGAGUUAAAUAUCAGCCUGGGUGGGCUACAUUAGAACCUGUCUCAAAAACAAAAUCAAAGCAUCACAUUGGACACAGUUGUUUCUUAGAGUAUUCUUUAUAUUAGAGACAAAUUGGAACAACCUUAAUUUCUGGUGAGAGGGGGGUCUUAUAAAUUAUAGCAUAUACAUACACUAGAAGAGUAUGUAGAUGUUAUAGAGAAGGCAGCCUUUAAGACCAAAACAAAGCAAUAAGGGAAAAAGAUCACAGGUCCAAAGCAGCAUACUAGGAGGGAGUAGUUUCUUACAUGUGUAUUAAAACUUUUAAGUCUACAGUCAGAAUAUGCAAAGAGCUAGGAAAAGAAGCAGGGAUCAGGGGAGACGGCUCAGUUGCUUACCUGCUUGUCACAAGCAUGGGGGCCUGCCGUUGAUCAUUAGUACUUAUAAGAAGCAUACCCCUGUAACUGCAGUUCUGGGGGUGCAGAGACAAGAUCCUUGUGGCUUGCUGGCCAGCAAUCAGGCUGAAUCUGUGAGCCCCUGGGUCAGAGACCUUAUUUCAAAUAAGGUGGAGCGCAAUUGGGGAAUACACCCAACAUUGACCUCUGACCCUUCAUGCCCAUGCACAAAUAGGCGUGCACAUCUGUACACACAAUUUUUUAACUUUAAAAGGAAAGAAAUGUAUAAAACAUGAAUUACCAGUUACCAACUGAAGAAUAACUGUGUCAUAAAAUUUAUGACAAAAUACUUAAAAGGAUGUGCAAUUCGAGUAGUAGUAGGGAGAGUUUCCAAACAUUGAAUGGGUUUGUCCUGCACUGCUGAGGAUUGAACUCAGGGUCGUGCGCACACCAGCAACUGCUCUACCCCUGAGAUGCCUUCUCCACCUCAUUAGAGAUCUACCUGCCUCUGCCUCCUGAGUGCUGGAAUUAAAGACGUGUGCCACCACUGACUGGCUCUACAGCUAGAUCUUGUGGAGGCAUUUUCUCAGUUGAGGUUCCCUCCUUUCAGAUAACUAGCUUGUGUCAAGUUGACUUAAAACUAUCUAGCACAACACAGUGAGACCCUGUUUGUCUUAGUUACUUUUCUAUUGUUGCAAUAAAACACCAUGGCCAAGGCAAUCUAUUAAAAAAGACUUAACUUUUGGGACUUCCA